UUCUGACGUUCAGGAAAAUUGGAAUAAUAAGGAGUAUUAAAAACCAUUGGCACAUGAGAAAAUUAUCGUGUUUCAUUUCUUUUAAAUAAGCUCUGUACGUUUAACGAACAAAUGGGUGAAGAUAUUCCUUCGCCAUGUGAUUUGAUUGUGAUUGGAACAGGCCUUGUCGAAAGCAUUGUUGCAUCAGCUGCUUCUAGAAUUGGAAAACAAGUUGUACAUCUGGACCACAGAGACUUCUAUGGCAGCAGCUGGGCUGCAUUUUCAUUUAACAGUUUGAAAAACACUUUUGGUUUAAUUGAUGAACUUGCAGAACACACCACACAAUCUCAAAAAGGAGCUUCUGAUCUUAAUAUCAGUUUGAAUUCCAGUGCUGUCUGUAAUGUCACAGAAAAAUGGUUUAUUUCAGAUGAAUGCAAGACAGAAAACGAUGACAGCCAAGAAUAUGAAACUACCAAAGCCAAGACUUCCAGAAUCACUUGGACCAAAUCAGAACUGCUAAAGAACUCAAGAAAAUUUAAUUUUGACAUAACACCUAAGUUAUUGUAUUCAAGAGGUGAAAUGGUAGAAGUCCUGAUAAAUUCUGGAAUUUGCCGUUAUGCUGAAUUCAAAAAUGUCUCUGGCAUUUACACUUUCGACGCCGCUGAUGGAUGUUUGCUUCCUGUACCAUGCUCAAGAGCCGACGUAUUUAAUUCCAAAGAUAUCAGUAUGGUAGAAAAGCGGCUUUUAAUGAAAGUCUUGGCCAUGUGUGUAGACUAUGAAAAUAAGCCUGAAGAGUUUAAAGAAUAUGAAUCGGGGAACUUCAACAAUUUUCUUGAUGCGCAUAAAAUACAGGGCAAGAUUAGAAAAUAUCUUGUUGACUCGGUAGCCAUGGCACGCGCAUCAACAAAUUUCCAAGAUGCUAUGAAGAACGUUCAAAAAUUUGUCCGAAGUAUUGGACGAUAUGGAAACACGCCAUUUUUAUGGACCUUAUACGGAAGUGGAGAGCUACCCCAAUGUUUUUGCAGGUGUUCAGCAGUUUUUGGGGGAAUUUAUUGCCUCAAACGUAAUACUGAGAACAUUAUCAUUGGCAGCGACGGUCAGGCAAUUGGAAUUGUGAGUGAUAACCAAAAGUUGAUGGCCAGAUUUAUAUUGAUAGAGGAUUGUCUUAAUCCACUAGCUAAUAUAAAAUCCGGCAUUUCCCGUGCUAUAUUGAUCACUGAUAGAAGUUUAACCAAUAAUGAUCAAGCAGCUAUCAUUACUGUUCCUUCGGCUAAUGGCAAAGAUCCAGUGAGAAUUCUUGAACUUUCAGCCUCAACCAUGGCCUGUCCAUCUGGCCUGCAUGUCGUUCAUCUGAUUACUCGUCAAGUAACGACAGCAGUUGAAGACCUUCAAGAAGCAAUUAGUGUCGUUUUCUGCAGUGGCGAGGACAAAGCCGUAGAUAAACCGAACAUUAUCUGGUCGUUACAUUUUAAUAUAAAUGAGUACGACUGUCCCAUAGGGAAACUGCCCUCAAAUGUUUAUUCUUGUCCCGGACCGGAUAUAUUAAUUGAUUUCGAUGAUCAUGUUAUAAAAGCACGAAAUAUCUUUCAGUCCAUGUACCCUGGCGAGGAUUUUCUUCCUAAAGUGCCAGAUCCGGAAGACGUAGUUUUGGAGGGUGCUUCCGAAGAUAUUGUACAGGAGCGUUCCUUAGAAGGUAUUGCAAUGGAGACAUCACCAGAAGACCUGGAACAACGAGAAGCUCAUCAAUGAUCUUUUAAUCUGCUGUUAGUUAGCCGCGCACUGGUUGAAUUUACUGACCGUCAAUUAAAAUCACUCGUUAUAGAUGAGUCAUCGUUUCAAUUUUUGGUUCUUUAUACAACUAUGUUGAAUCCCUUUUACUAUCUUUUAAUGCGAGAGUAAAUUUAAACGAUGAAAUGUU